AUGGUGGUGAUGCCGCCGCCAAAUAUAUACGCUCUGGUUACGAAUUCUGUUAGGGAUGAUGAUGAGACUAGGACCCUCGAGACGCCGCUGCACUACUGCGCUUCCGCAGGCAAUUCUGAUAUUCUGCUGGAGAUUGUAAAUCAUCUCCAUCAAGACGUCUGGAUGACCGUGAACAAGCAGGCCAAGGUGAGUCACUCUCUGCUUGCUGAUCUUCUGUCUUCAGCUAGGCUCUGUGCCCUUUAUUUUGCCUGA